CUCAAUUUGCUUCUGUGCUAGGGUUCCUCCUUCGGCGAGAAGUUACUCGUGGUAGUUUUGUUCAGAUUGCAACACGCCUCGAGCGUCGGCUGAUACCGAUUCUACAGCUGCCUCUUCUACCACAUGGGUGCCAUGGUUGCAGCAUUCGAAAGGCUCCUCACAAAGCAGCUCCUUUCAACUUCAUGUCCUCACUCUCAUCCUUCAAGCCUGUUUUCAGACGAUUGCAGCAACAAUUUGUCUCAUUAAAGGUUGAAGUUCCCAAGAUCAUAAAAACCACAUCUUUGAAUCUUUUAGAUGGAGUGGUAGACUCGUUGUUCGAAUUCGAAGAGCAAGCUGUAUUCAAUGAGGGGAACUUUGCGCCUGUCGACGAGGUAGGAGAAGCUCUGCAGCUCUCAGUCAUGGACGGGGAGAUUCCGGAUGAUUUCCCAGAAGGCAUCUACUUUAGAACAGGUCCAAAUCAUUUGUACCCAAAUCAGACAGCUGCAGUCUCCAUCUUUGGCAGAACAGGCUACACAUGGGUUGAAGGUGAUGGAAUGCUUCAUGCCACAUAUUUCAGCAAGGAUGAUGAAGGAAACUGGAAAGUUUCAUACAAGAACAAGUAUGUAGAAUCAGAAACCUUCCUCAUGGAGAAGAAUAGAAACAAAAAGAUGUUCAUACCUGCAGCUGACGGCGAUCCGACCGCGAUUUUAGCAGCUUUUGUUCUUAACAUAAUGAGGUUUGGGAAGGCAGUCAAGGAUGAUAGCAACACCAAUGUGUUUGAGCAUGCUGGAAAACUGUAUGCAGUUUCUGAACAGCAUCUGCCUUAUGAGAUUGAUGCUUCUGAUCUGCAUACCCUAAAAGCCUGGGAUGUCAAUGGAGCUUGGCAUCAUCCCUUUACCAGUCAUCCAAAGAAAGCUCCACAUACUGGUGAGAUGGUCAUCAUGGGUGUUGACAUCAAAAGGCCACAUUAUAUAUUGGGAAUCAUAUCAGCUGAUGGUGGUGAGAUGCUUCACAAAGUUGACCUGAAGUUUAGGACAGGGAAUCUGGUCCAUGAGCUCGGUGUAACUGAGAACUACAACAUCAUCAUGGACUACCCCCUCAGGUUUGGCAUCAACAGAGUGCUUGCAGGCAAAUCCUUCAUAGGUUAUGACGGAGAUGGGGAAUCAAGAAUAGGAGUGAUGCCUCGUUUCGGGGAUGCAGAAUCCAUUUCCUGGUUCACUGUUAGAAACCACUGCAGCUUCCACAUCAUUAAUUCCUUUGAGGAUGGAGACGAGGUGGUUGUGAGGGGGUGUAGAACAACAGGAUCAGUGCUCCCAGGCCCAGACCACAAGGCCAACAAAGCCGAGUGGUACCGAAGAGCAUAUCUGCAACCCAAUGAGGACUCUCACAGCUUCGAUCCUGCCACGGAUGGGGUCCUCUUUUCUCGGCCUUACCAGUGGAGACUCAACAUGAGAACCGGUGCAGUCAAAGAAGGAUACCUCACGGGGAAGGAGAUCGCCAUGGACUUCCCGGCAAUCAACCUCAGUUUCACUGGACUGAGGAACCGCUACGCAUACGCUCAAGUAGUGGAUUCAGAAGCAAGCUCAAAGCUAGGUCUCUCGAAAUACAACAUGCUGGCGAAGCUGCACUUCGGAUUGCAAGAUGAGGACGACGAGGAGUUGGCGAAGGUCGAGUACCAUGAGCUCGGCGACGGUGAGUACUGCACCGGGGCUCAGUUCGUCCAGAAACAAGAGGGAACAGAGGAAGAAGACGAUGGAUGGUUGCUUUGCUAUGUUCAUGAUGAAAGAUCAAACAUAUCCAAAGUGUACGUGAUUGAUGCGAAGAGGUUCACCGAAGAGCCAGUGGCCAAGAUAAGUUUGCCCCGCAGGGUUCCCUAUGGUUUCCAUGCUUACUACGUGUACGAGUAAGAAACUCGAGAUCAGUUCAUGAAGAACUGAUGUGUUGA